AUGGCGGGGAACCAUGGCCUGCUUUUGGCCGGUGCCAUCCUGCUUCUCACUCUUCUCCUCGUCGUCAAGCUCAGGCGACGCAGUAAGCAGUAUGGUGGCGUGACGCUGCACCCGCCUCCGGGGCCAUGGCAGCUGCCGGUGAUCGGCAGCAUGCACCACCUCGUGGGCGCGCUCCCGCACCGCGCCAUGCGCGACCUCGCCCUCCGGCACGGCCCGCUCAUGCUGCUCCGCAUGGGCGAGCUCCCCGUUGUUGUGGCCUCGUCGGCGGCCGCGGCGAUGGAGAUCAUGAAGACCCACGACGUCGCCUUCGCCACGCGGCCGAGGACCAACACCAUCGUUGCGCUCAGUGGAGACGGCCUCGGCGUCGCCCUCGCGCCGCACGGCAACCACUGGCGCCGUGUCCGCAAGCUCUGCGCCACGGAGCUUCUCGGCGCGCCGCGGGUUCGGUCGUUCCGAGGGACGCGUGAGGCCAAGGCGGCCGCCCUCGUUGCGUCCGUGGCCGUGGAGGCGGCGUCCGGGGCCGCUGUGAACGUCAGCUCCCUCGUCGCCACGUAUGUCGCCGACGCCGUAGUGCGCUCCAUGGUUGGCGACCGGAUCGCGGACCGCGAAGCCUUCCUGGCGUGCCUUUACGAGGGUGUCAGGGUGGCCGCCGGGUUCAGCCUCGCCGACCUGUUCCCGUCGUCGCGCCUCGCGCGCGCGCUCAGCGGGACGGCGCGCCAAGUGGAGGCGAUGGUCCGGGAGAUGUCCCGGCUCGUGGGCGGCGUCAUCGAGGAGAAACGCGCGAGGAAGGCGGCCGGCGCCGGCUGCGAGGAAGAGGAGGACAUCCUGGAUGUGCUUCUGGAUUGCGGCGGCGGCGGCGGCGGCGAUGCGCCUCUCGACAUCGGGACCGUCCGUGCUAUGAUGAGGGAUCUCUUCGGGGCCGGGAGCGAGACCUCGGCGUCGACCAUAGUAUGGGCCAUGGCGGAGCUGGUGCGGAAACCGGCGGCACUCCGGAGGGCGCAGGCGGAGGUGCGCAGCGCACUCGCCGGGCAGAGCCGCGCCCGGGAGGAGGCCCUGCAGGAGCUGCCGUACCUGCGGCUGUUCCGGCCGGAGAGGUUCGAGGAGGAAUCCGCGGCGGCGGUGGACUUCAGAGGGACGGACUUCCAGCUAGUGCCGUUCGGCGCGGGGCGGAGGAUGUGCCCCGGGAUCACGUUCGGGCUCGCCGUCAUGGAGGUCGCGCUGGCGAGCCUCCUCUUCCAUUUCGACUGGGAGCUCCCCGGGGGGACGGAGGAGCUGGACAUGGCGGAGGCGUUCGGGAUCACGGCGAGGAGGAAGACCGACCUGUGGCUGCAUGCCACCGUCAUCGUGCCACCUCUGUAA